AUGACGGGAGCCCAGGCGUCGUCGUCAUCAUCAGUGCGGCCCCUCCUCCUCCGGCUAGCGGUUGCAGCCGACGUGGAACCCAUCAGGAACCUCAUUGAUGCGGCCUACUCGCACUAUAUCGCACGACUCGGAAAGGAGCCCGGCCCGAUGCUCGAGGACUACGGCGCGCUGGUGGGGCAGGGGAAAGUGACGGUGUGCACCACGGGGCAGCCGGCGGCGGUGACGGGGCUUGGGGAGGAGCAGCAGGACGAUUGGGAGAUCCUGGGAGUGCUCGUCCUCGUUCCGCAGACGGCGGAGGGAGCGAUGCUGCUGGACAACGUAGCAGUCGCUCCACGGGCGCAGGGCCAGGGCGUGGGCAGGCUGCUCAUGUCGUUUGCCGAGGACCGCGCUCGCCAGGAGGGUCUCUCCACGGUCAAACUCUACACGCACGUCCUCAUGACGGAGAACAUUGGCCUAUACGGCCGCCUCGGGUACCGCGAGACGGGGCGGGUCUCGGAGAAGGGCUUUGAUCGAGUGUACAUGGAGAAGAGGCUGUGA